AGCCACUGUACCCCCAGAAAGCACUAGCUAGCAGCUAGCCGGGUAACCGACCUAGUUCAUAACAGCGUUACAUCACUUUGGAGAUAGCGGGCCUACAGGGGCAAACGCUUAACACUUCAUGCAGUAGGUUCUGUUGCAUUAUUAACGAUAGGACACACCUGUCAAACUAAAACAAGAGAGAACGAAACUGCAGUGACUCUGCAAAUUUUGUUUUUCCGAAGGGGCUGCCAAGACAAGGCUGGUUUCAUCGUGCCCUGAUUUUCAGUCAAAAGAAGAGUUAUGUCCUGUCCAUGUACUUCGGCGGCCAGGUUGUUUCUAAACAAUGCACACAGAGGAUUGUCCUGCUCCCGGAUCCAGUUGUUUUCUCUGAGUCGUCAGGGGUCUCGGGAAACUCAUUUACCUCCCCGGGUACGGGUGAGGUCGUUCUCAGAGACUGCUGUCUGCUAUGCCGCUAAAGAUGGGACAACAAAGGACAGUGGAAGUGAUGGUGGAAAGAAAAGCAUCAGUGAGGGGAAGAGACUCUCCGGCUCUGGAGGAUCAGGCAAGGGUGGAAGCCAACUCCGCUGCCCUAAAUGUGGAGAUCCUUGCACACAUGUAGAGACCUUUGUAUCAUCAACACGAUUUGUCAAAUGUGAGAAAUGCCAUCACUUUUUCGUGGUUCUGUCUGAAACGGACUCUAAGAAGGGGCUAAACAAAGAGCCAGAAUCUGCUGCGGAGGCAGUGAAACUGGCAUUUGCACAGAAACCACCCCCUCCUCCUAAGAAGAUAUAUGCUUACCUCGACAAGUAUGUUGUUGGCCAGUCGUAUGCAAAAAAGGUGUUAGCAGUCGCUGUGUACAAUCACUACAAGCGCAUCUACAACAACAUCCCAGCUGGGAGUCGGCAGCAGUUGGAGGUGGAGAAACAGCCCUCCCUAACACCUCGUGAGCUAGAGAUGAGACGACGAGAGGAUGAGUACAGGUUCACAAAACUGCUGCAGAUUGCUGGGAUCAGCCCUCAUGGAAAUGCUCUGGGAGCGUCCAUGCAGCAGCAAGCGAGCCAGCAGGCGCCUCAGGAGAGGAGGGGCGGAGAGGUGCUGGACUCAACACACACUGACAUUAAACUGGAGAAGAGCAACAUCAUACUUCUAGGUCCAACUGGCUCAGGAAAAACAUUGUUGGCACAGACGCUGGCGCGUUGUCUGGAUGUUCCCUUUGCAAUAUGUGAUUGCACCACACUAACUCAAGCUGGCUAUGUGGGAGAAGACAUCGAGUCGGUUAUCGCCAAGCUGCUGCAAGAUGCCAACUACUCUGUGGAGAAAGCACAACAAGGUAUCGUGUUUCUGGAUGAGGUUGAUAAGAUUGGCAGUGUGCCUGGAAUCCAUCAGCUGAGAGAUGUAGGAGGAGAAGGAGUCCAGCAGGGUUUGCUGAAACUUUUGGAGGGUACCAUCGUCAACGUUCCUGAGAAAAACUCCAGGAAACUGAGAGGAGAGACGGUGCAGGUAGACACAACAAACAUUCUGUUUGUUGCAUCCGGUGCCUUCAACGGACUGGACAGAAUCAUCAGCAGAAGAAAAAAUGAAAAGUAUCUGGGUUUUGGCACUCCCUCCAACCUGGGGAAAGGGCGCCGGGCAGCGGCAGCCGCAGACUUGGCCAACACCAGCGGUGAGACAGACACAGUGGCAGAGAUCGAGGAGAAGGACAGGCUGCUAAAGCACGUGGAGGCCAGGGACCUGAUUGAGUUUGGAAUGAUCCCGGAGUUUGUUGGUCGUCUUCCUGUGGUGGUUCCUCUGCACAGCCUGGAUGAAGAGACACUAGUCCGAAUUCUGACAGAGCCACGCAACGCUGUGGUGCCUCAGUACCAGGCUCUGUUCAGCAUGGACAAAUGUGAACUCAAUGUGACUCCGGAUGCCUUGAGGGCCAUAGCCAGGAUGGCUCUGGAGAGAAAAACUGGUGCUCGUGGGCUCCGAUCCAUCAUGGAAAAGCUCCUUCUAGAGCCCAUGUAUGAGGUGCCACACUCUGACAUCAUGGCUGUUGAGCUGAAUAAAGAAGUUGUCCAAGGAAAAUCACAACCCAGAUAUAUCAGAGCGCCAGCCAAGGAGUCUGCAGAGGAGGACUACGACUCGGGCAUUGAGGAAGAAAAUUGGCCUCGGCAGGCAGACGCCGCUAACAACUGAACCACGUCACUCAUUUCACCCUAAGGACAGUCUCUGAAAUCAUUAGAUCACUAUAUACCUUUGGAUACCAACUCUGGGUUUUACAAUAGCCCCUGACAAAUGAGCUGUGGACACUGUAGUAGAGGUAAUGAAGGCUGGUGGUUUUCACUGUAACAACCUUUGGUCCUGUGCAUCAGAUGUUAAUUCUCUAGCGGUGCACUCGCAGGGUGGACCUUUAUAAAAUAUUUCAAUCUCUGGGGAUUGUUAACAUUUUUAUCUAUAUACAGAUAAUGCAAUUUUAUUCAUGAAAGGAUUUGUAGCUAGUUUAUUUGUUUUCUCUUUUUGUGGUGAUGGUGAUGUAAUGGCGAGGGAAGCAAAUGGAAAUUAUGGGAUCAUACUGUACACUUGAAAAGAAGCCGAGCUGAGAAAGUGUAGAUGUGAUGUUACCAUGUCAAGUAAUGCCUUAUAUCGUAUAAGGGCAUAUUAUUCCAUGAGCACAUCAAUAUUUUGAUGUUUUCUUCUAUACCACCAUUGUAAUAAUGGUGCUCACAGUAAAACUGGGCUGUAACUGUUGAGCUGCUUCGGUAGCAUUUGUACGCAGUUUGUAUGACAUGACCCCUGAUGAAGAAGUGUAACACACCAGCACAGUAAACAGAGCAGGUGAUUAAAAAAUGUGACCUUUUAAACAGCCAGAAUGGUUAUUUUUCAGUGUUUAGCUUCCUCUUGUUGCCCCACUCUUUAGGGAAUGUAACUGUUUUUACUUACAGACCUCUUUAUCACAGGACAGGAUCAGAGGGCCGUCUCUCAAAGCAGGAUUAGCAGCUCCGCUAACAAGUGUGCUAGUGUUAAUAAAGUGUCUUCUAAAGUUUUGUUUUGUACUAGAUAUCCUCCAACAAACAGUACAUGACUGAAUCAUAUUUUUACAUUCGACAUUCAAGCUUAUUUGUCCUGAUUAAAAUCAUAACCGUGCAGUUAAUUUCUUCCACAGUUGGCUGGAAGUCGCUCUAAUUCUGCUUUAUAUGACAUCCGUCAGAACAGCACAGGUAUUUUUGUUUUCCCCAGUGUUAAAACCUCACCAUUAGUGAUGUUAAUACCCUAUUACUAAAAGGUAUCUCCAUAACCCAGCCUCUACCUAAAAGCUCUCUGACUGAACUGAACCACACUGCUGUACUCUUUACAAAAGCUGUUUGUGCUAGAAAUCAAGAUUAAACUAGAUCUGUUCCCCCUUUUGCUUUUAAGUUUCCUUUUCUUUCAGUUAAGUUUAAAAGCUGCUUUUCUGUUUUCAGAUGUCUGUUACAGAUCCUGUAACCCCCCCCAACAUUUGUGAAUCCUAAACUUAUUGUGAUUGUUUAAAAUAUAUAAAUAAAAUGUAAAUCUCUGUACAGAA